GGGCGGUGUGGUUCGGCCUUGUUUUGAUGGAGUGGCCUCGGAAAUCGUAUUAUACAAUCUGAGAGCAAUAAAAAGCUAAAACUGAUUUACAGCACAACCCAUUAACAACUUAUUUCAAAAGACUAUAUGCAUAUUAGCAAUCAAGAGACUUUCCUAUGUAUAUUUUUUUCACAAAUCUGUAUAAUAAACCGAUUUAAUAACUCACAAACAGCUAGAAGUGAAAAUGAAUCAUCACUUUAGUUUAUAGAUCCUGCAGACAUAUAGGAUUUCUAAGUUAUUGAUGAAUUUCUGGGUUUGCAGGUCUGAAUUUUGCCUUCAUAAUGUUUCCAGAUGAUUUCCCCCAAACCUGAAUGCAGAAAUUUCGACAUUUGAGGAGAACCUGAACGCACCAUCCGCUGUGUCGCUUUCCGUCGCGUUGUUAACAGAGUAACCAUAGCAACCGGCACUCUGCGCCUUCAGGGACCAAAACCAGAAUUAGGAUAUAUAUUUUUUACCGGAGUAUAAAACACUUUGUACUGUCAGAAACAACCAGUUUUACCGUUAAUGGUUUGUUCCAGUUAGAAAAUCGCGUCAUAGCAUCCAGAGACGGCGGUUUAAAGGCAAAUUAAAGAAGUUUUUUUUAGCAAAGUUUCGGGUAAAGGACUGUUUUACAAGCGGGACGCGAUGGAUUCAGGAAAAAUUGUCCAUCAGACGAACCCGGAGAUUCCUGCGAAAAAUCUGACCGCAACUCAUAAGAUGAAGCACUUACAUGACGAGGUCAGUCCUAAACGUCUUGACCUCAUCAAGGUGAUUCGUCUUCUCGAGGAUCCUCUGACGACCAACCUGACGGAGAGACACCUGUUGGUCCUGAAGAAGCUGCUCAGGAGGAACCAGGCGGGCUUCCUUUUGCGGCAGCUUGCAGAUUUAUCCCACAUACUCAACAUCUGUGCUGAGAAAGCGAGCGACCGGCCCAGAUAUGCUUCGGUUCUGUGUGGCGCUCUGGAAAUCUGCAGGUUUCCCUUCCUGAAGGAGAGAGCGUCUGACGAGCUGAUCUACGCUCAGGACGUCGUGGACUUCCUCUCUAACAUGGGUCGUCUGAUGAGAGUUCCUCACGCUGAAGUCCAGGAGCGUCUUCUUCAAACCGUGAAGUCGUUUUUCAGCUCCGACGCUCCGACGGACCUGCCUGAAGAUCUCCAGCCGACAUCUCCAGUUUACCGCCUCCAGCUGCUGGAGCGCAGCGACCUUCCCAGGACGCUGCUUCUGUCCAUGGCUGCUCUCCAGAACCGGGCCUCCACCAGGCUGCAGCUCCUGCAAACCCUCCAGCUCCUGUCCGGCUGCUCUGACCUGAACUGCGCGUCCAUCCUGGAGGCCGGAGGAGCCGAGACGGUCUGCCUGCACAUGAACGAAGCGGAGCGGUGCGGCCGGGCUCUCCUCUGCUCCUCACAGAUCCUCUGGAACCUGCUGCAGAGCGGCGGCAGGCAGGAGGCCUUGGCUCAGCUCAGCAGCAUGGAGUGUGCGGCAUCCCUGAGGGAAGCCUUCCCCUUCGAGCCCGAGGCCACGUCCCACGCCUCUGACCUCCAGCUCAGGAACCAUCUGCUGGUGGUCACCACUCUCAUGGCGGAAAAUCCAGCCUGUCCGCUCGUUGAGAGCCUGUUUGCCAAACAGCUGCUGGGCUUCAUCACAUUUCCAGAAGCGACCGGCUCUUCAGCCCAGAAACUCUUCCACAGCAGCGAAGAGCUGAAGACCAGGAAGCUGCUGCUGAACCUGCUGGUUGUGAUGUGCAGAAACGUUGCAGCUCUGCAGCUCUUCAGGGAGGAGCUGGUCAUGGUCCACCUGCUGCAGCUGGUGAGUCCGCUUGUUGCCUCACCUGAGCACCUGCCGGGCUCACCUGGCUGCCUCCCCCCCCAGCAGGAGGAGCUGCAGCUGCAGGCGCUGGACGCCCUGGCCGGCAUCGCUCCUGUCAUGCUGCACGACUACAUGUCCUGUCAGGGGAACACGUACCUGCUGCUGCUGCUGGACUGGUGCAUCCACACAGAUGCCAGAGUCAGAGGCAGCAGGACGGCGCAGACGCAGCGUUGCAUCCGGGUGCUGCGUUCUGUGACGGCUCUGGGAGAAUCGGCCGUAAACCAGGACCUCUGUGACCAGGGAGCCAUCCACCAGCUGCUGGGGGUUUUGGUCCUGAUGGAGGCGAGUUGUGACGAGGUGGCCAUGGAGGUGAUGACGAGCAUCCAGCUCAUCCUGUCAGCGCUGUGUGAGACCGACCUACACAAGAAGGAGCUGUUUGGUCCAGAGGGAGUAGAGAUGGUGGUCCAUUUCCUGAAGAACGGUUCUGAGAAGUUCUACAGCGGCCUGGGACACAACAAGCUCGUGAUCUCCACCGUCGACUGUGUGUGGUCCUGCAUCGUGGGCUGCAGCGUGACGGAGGGUCACUUUCUAGCAAGAGAGGGAGCGUCUCUGUUGCUGGAUUUACUCGCAGCGACUCCCAGCUGCGUCCGCGGCAUCAUCCUCGCCACGCUGCUGGAUCUCUGCAGCAACCCAGAGACCCGGCCUCAGAUCCUCGGCUGGAGAGACGCCGGCGGUCUGUCGGCUGCCGGCGUCCUGCUGCCGCUGUGGAGGGAGGAGGAGGAGGAGCUGGGAGUCCUCCGGAACCGACACGGCGGGAUCACAGAUCCAAAGAAGCCGCUGCUGAGCCGUUUGCAGGAGGAAAGCAGCAGUUUGUCGUUUGCUGCCAACACGCCGUCUGCAGCCGUGCUGGAAACCUCAGAAAACCUGCGAGCUAAGAUUUACCUCCUGCUCUGCAGCUUAGGUUUCCAGGAGCUCCCUGGUCUGUCAGCAGGAGACUACGUGACUCUGAGCAUCGUCAGGAGAUACCUGGACUUCAAGGUGGCCGAGGUGUGGCGUGAGAUCAGCAGCGAACUGAUUCUGGACGGCGUGAAGCCGAUCAGCUCUGACGAGGAAGCUCUGAGGUCCAUCUGCGAGAGCUCAGAGGAGACGGCGAGGAGGACGAUGGAGGAACAAGCCCGCAUCCUGGAGGAGCAGCAGCAGGAGGAGAUCAGGGAGGAGAUGCUCGUCUACGCAGAGAUGAAGACUCAGCGGACACAGCAGCAGCUCGCGGCCAAAUCCUGGGACAGAUUUGUUUCCAGGACUUCAAAUUACAGCAUCCUGAAGGAGGAAAAAGCUCGGAGGAUGAAAUAUAUGGAGUCAGAACUGAAGCAGGAGGCUCCUGCUGAUCGUCCUGCAAAGCGUUUCAUCAGCCACAUCCUGGCCGUGGAGAACACCGGCGAUCCGGGUCCUGCAGGGAUCAACGUCACACUCGCCAGAACCUCCGUCUGAGCCACGCGGAUAAAAAGACGGCUGCAGAAGCUCAGCAGGACUUUUAUACUCCAACAGCUUUUAAUCUUCCUUCAUGUGUUUCAGAUCAUUAAAUGAUUAAAACUGAGAGCAUAGCAACA